UAGGGUAGAAUUUUUUUCACUUAACCUAAAUGUGCAGCACUGUGAAAGGAAAAACAGAUGUUUUAUCAACUUUAGUAAUUAGAAAUGUGGAUAUUAAAAAAAUUAAUUCAGUUGAAACUAAUUAAAAUAUCAGUUGAAAAGCAUUUAAAACAACCUGUACGCUUAUUAUGUGCAAAGGCAGAAGAAGAUCAAUCCCUUAGUUUCCGAACUAGAAAUUGGCUACAAACGCAAGAAAGAUAUAAGGAUUACGAGCAUGUUUUGUUCAGCUCUUAUUUGGAACAGCAAGCAGAUCAUAUGAGCUAUGCGCUAAAGAGGUCCUUUUUAAUCAAAGGCAAGCUUAAGCGGUACCAUAAUCAAAUAAAGGAAAUGGCAAAGGGCUGGCAGCCGAGCAUUAUACCUAAAAACUGGAUGGAUGAUUACGAAUUUUACCAAGGAUCUCAAGAAGAUUCAGCAGACAAACAAGAUAAUAACCUGGGACUAGCUGAUAUUACUAUGCCAUCUUCAAAUGUACCUUGUAAUGGUUGUGGUGCUAUUCUUCACUGUCAACAACACACUAAACCAGGUUUUUUACCCUUAGAGAUUUUCGGAGGGCGAACUGAAGCCCAGCUUAAAUCAGUUAUUUGCCAGCGAUGCCAUUUCCUUAAAUACUACAACAUAGCAUUAGAUGUUGAAGUCACUCCACAAUUUUACGUGGACACAAUAGCUCGUAUUGAAAAUGAAUUUGCUUUGGCUGUCAUAAUAGUAGAUUUAUUGGACUUUCCUUGUUCGAUAUGGCCUGGUAUGCAGCGUUUGUUGGGUCAUAAACGGCCAGUUUUCAUUGUAGGAAAUAAAGUUGAUUUAUUGCCACGCGACUGUAAUAGUUAUUUAGAUCACAUUAAAGAAUGCUUGAAGGAGGAAGUGGUUAAAGCCGGUUUCGACAAACUAAAUAUAAAACACGUUAGUUUAAUAUCGGCGAAAACGGGUUAUGGUAUUGAGGAACUUAUAACACAAUUGCAAAAAAUUUGGACUUACAAAGGGGACGUUUAUUUAAUGGGCUGUACAAACGUGGGGAAAAGUUCUCUUUUUAAUAUCUUGCUCAAUUCCGAUUACAGUCGUCCAGGAAAUGCAGACAUAAUUCCCAAAGCUACCACAUGUCCCUGGCCAGGCACUACACUCCAAAUGUUGAAAUUUCCUAUAUAUCGACCGUCAGAUAUCAGAGUUUAUGAAAGAUAUCAACGUUUACGAGCAGCGCGCUCUAUUAAAGGGGAGGAAGCUAAACUGUUUAAAGGAAAAUCGAAGAAAGCUGUAACUUUGACUGAUAUAACUCCUAAAGGAGAAGUUGGAUCCACUUUUGAACACAAAUUUUCUAACGAAUUUAAUGAUGCGUUUUCAAUGAGCCUUGGUGUAAGACCAAUCACAACUUUAGAUGAGCGCAGCAAAAUAUACAAAGCGAGUAAGUGGCUUUACGACACUCCUGGCGUAAUGCAUCCUGAUCAAAUUACCAGUCUUCUAACAGCGGAAGAGUUAAGCCAAAUCCAACCAAAACGAAUGAUAACGCCACGCGGUGUUCGCUUGGAGCCAGGUAUGAGCUUGUUUGUGGGCGGUUUAGCACGAUUGGAUUUCUUAGGAAGCGAUGCGGCAGAUUUAGAAUGGUUGCAAGUGUUUUUGUACGCGUCUUCAAAACUACCUAUCCUCAUAGGAGAAACGCAGCACGGCCAGGAACUUUAUAAUAAAUAUUUAAACACGCCGCUUUUACAAUUACCCUUCGGUGAUGCAAGUAGGCUUAGUAGGUGGCCGGGUUUGAAGCCGUCUCAACAAUGCUUAAAGGUGAAGGGUUAUAUACUAAAACCAAAAUUUAAAGAAUUAACUUGUUCUUCAGAUAUAACAUUAUCAACCGCUGGAUGGGUUGGCUUACGCAUACCGAUAGAUGUGGAGUGCAAAUUUCAAGCAUGGACACCUCAAGGUAACGGCGUUUAUGUAAGAACUCCUUCUCUUAUACCACGUGCCCACCGAUUAAUAGGAAAAAGAAUCAGAAAUUCAUUUGCUUAUAAUAUUGCUAAACCAUUUGUUUUUCAAAAAUAAAGCGAAGCAUUAAUUUUUUGUGGAUUCGUGGGAUUCAAUAUGCGAAAACAGGGGAGCGUCAAUAAAAACCCAG